GAACUAAACGAAAGUGUCGCGUUAAAAGUACCUUACGGCUCAAACAAUUUGGAUAUUCGGUUAAAUUCAUUUGUCGUGCGUGUUAUCUAACUUGAUCUUUGUGAAAAUGAAAGUGUUCGUCGCCUUCGCAACCGCAUCCCUGCUCAUUGUCAGCUGCGCUUGGGCCGCACCAAGCGUGCAAGACAAUCGCAUCGAGGGUGAGAAUGGUGGUACGCUGGCGCUUGCCGCCCGCUAUCUAGGCAACUGCUUCGAAACUGAGGAUAUAACCACCUGUUUAGCAGUUAAAGGUAUUACCGCAUUGAAUCGUGCCGCCAGGAGCAACAACAUCGAAAUCGUCAGCGGCAUAUCAUUCAAGAGAGAUUCCUCAUCGCCAAUGGCGCGCAGCGGCAAAGCUUUAAGUGAAAACGAUAUUUACGCACAAUUGCCUGAAAAUUCAGAAGAACGCAGUGGACGUUUGGUAGACAUUGCUGUGCAAAAUGCUGCCGAGUUUCUGGGCUCGCACAGUCUGGAAAUGAAAAUUCCCGCUGAGGCUACACAGGAAAUGGCACGUGCCCUUGAUGAGGGCCGCGGCAAAUUGAAGAAAAUGUUGGGCCCCAUUGCCCUCGCUAUUGGCGCUAAACUGUUCACUGUUGUUCCCCUUGUGCUCGGCGCUUUGGCUCUGCUCACCACAAAGGCUGUGAUUGUUGCCAAGAUUGCUUUGUUGUUGGCUCUGCUAGUUAGCGGCUCACGUUUCUUCGGCGGUUUGGGUAAUAAGUUCAGUGGCGCUCUUGGCGGUGGCUACAAUGCUGCUAGUUGGUCACCAAGCAACACUGCUGGUUGGUCAUCGGGAGCUGCCUCUUCAUAUCCUUAUGCGCGCAGCUUGGAUGCCCAGCAAUUGGCAUACGCAGGACAAGCGCCCGCUGAGGAAGAGCAACAACUAGCACAGGAGCAGCAAUAAUCUUCUACGGCAGCAGAUGUGUAGCGAUUAUGUUGCAUAAGAAAU